AUGGCUCCAAUAAAGAAGAGUUCACACGUCAAGCCAGCUACGCGCAAGCUCACACGGGACGGAAAGAUUAGGGAUUACUUCCGAGUCGUUCCGAAAGAGCCUCCUGUCUCUGCAAAGCCUCCUGUUCCUGCACAGCUUUCUGAUUUUGCGAAACCGUUUGUUCCUGCAAAUCCUACUGUUCACGCAAAGCCUCCCGUUCCUGCAAAGCCUACAAACAUUAGGAUCGAUGAACACCGGGACCGAUCAGAUAUCAUUGCAGCAGCGAGGGAGUUGUCGAAUCCCAACCGCAAAAGGCUGCAUUACAAUGGGUUCGGCCAGACCGCUUUCGAGCGCAAAGGACGAGCUAUGCUCGUCGAGUACCAGAAGGCAGUCCAGCGCGCUGAGCAGGACAGAAGCUUGACCCAUUUCGAGCACGUAUCAGAGGCUAUUCUCCUCCAGUAUGAAAACGAGAUGGUCGAGGUCGUCGAUGAGGAGCGUGCGAACAGAGAGGCCUACUGUUCAAGCGAGGGAAUGAAACGUGAACGGAAACGGAAUUAUGAGGUCGAAAGGCAGGUCGAGUUCGAGCGCGAACAACAAGCUAUUCUCAUGAAGUACUACAAGAAGAUGGUCCAGCUCGCCGAAAACAGGAAUGCGGUAGAAGAUACUCUAAACCGAGAGAUCGACUAUCAAAACGAGGUUAAACACGUUUAUGAGUAUCUCACCGAGAAGCUGUAUGGUGGCAAUGGUACAUAUGAGUGUCCACAAGAGCCGGUCUACAUUCGCGGAGAAUAUACGCUAUAUUCCGAGAAGAUCCUGUCAUAUGCGAUUGCCAAGAACCCACACCGGAUAACCGAUAACUCCUCCCACAACUGGCGCACUGGUACUAUACGACUGGGACAACGUUGGGGAGAUGGCAAAGGCCCUGGCGCUGAAAUCAAUCUCUUCCAUGACAACAGGAGUGUAACCUUUGCAUACACCGCUCCAAAACUUCCGUCGAGGCAAAUCUGUUCGGGUUAUUGGCAUUACUUAGGUAUAGAAGUAGAGGUUGGGAUUACCUUUUUGGGCGGUGCAUAUCUGAUCAUAGAACUCCCGGAUAUAAGAUGUCAUGGAACGGUUAUUCUUUGUGGAAUUCUAGACAGGGACGAGGAAGAGAUGGCAGAAUGGUGGCCGGGUAUGCCGGAAUGGAAGCCGCAACCUCAUUACAAAACGCCGUACAACCCUGUCUUACCCCAAGGCCAGACUCGAUAUCUCGCACCUACUGCGGCCACUGGACAGGACGUCCGCAUCCAAUAA